CCCAAGCCCAUCCCAAAGACUCACGGUAUCCUCGUCGCGACGCUAGAAAUGCACGCAAAUUUUGUCGAGAACCUGGAAUUCUAUUCGCAAUGGUGUUACCUUUCCGCUCGAUCAUUUGGCAUGCCUGCUUGUCGACCGGACCGACUCCCGAGAACCAAGGAAUUGAUCACCGUCCCCAAGUCACCAUUCGUUCACAAAAAGUUUCAGGAAAACUUUCAAAAGUUGACAUUCAAGCGAAUGAUCAGGGUGUACGAUACCAGUCCUCAGACGCUUGACUUGUGGCUUCGAUAUAUUGCCCGAAACUCUCUGGGUGGGAUCACCAUGAAA